AUGGCUCCGGCAGCAUCGAAACCCAUUAUUCCGCAGAAUGACAAUGUUGCGCACGCCCUGGCUGGUGCCGGAGGCGGCGUGCUGUCCAUGAUCUUGACAUACCCCCUCAUCACCCUCUCGACACGCGCACAAGUUGAGUCGACCCGAGGCGAGACGCCCUUUUUGACGGCGGUGCGGCGCAUCAUUGCGCGCGAGGGCGUCUCGGGCCUGUACGCCGGGCUGGACUCGGCCGUCUUUGGCAUCAGCGUCACCAACUUUGUCUACUACUACUGGUACGAGUGGACGCGGGCCUUUUUCGAAGCCGCCGCCGUAAAGGCCGGGCGCGCCAGCAGCAAGCUGACCACGGUCGAGUCCAUGAUUGCCGGCGCCCUCGCCGGCUCCGCCACCGUCAUCCUCACCAACCCCAUCUGGGUCGUCAACACGCGCAUGACGACGCGCAAGCAGGACAUUGAGGAAGAAAAGGGCGCCGGCCAGCCGGGCGCCGAGAAGAAGCGCAGCCCGACCACCAUUGGCACCCUGCUGGCCCUCCUCAAGGAGGAAGGCCCCCAGGCUCUGUUCCGCGGUGUCGUGCCCGCCCUCGUCCUCGUCAUCAACCCCAUCCUGCAGUACACCCUCUUUGAGCAGAUGAAGAACGUGGUCGAAAAGAAGCGUCGCAUCACGCCCGGCGUUGCCUUUGUCCUGGGCGCCCUCGGCAAGCUUUUCGCCACCAGCAUUACCUACCCCUACAUCACGGUCAAGUCGCAAAUGCAUGUCGCCGGUAACGGCCAGCGCGAGGGAAUGGGACAAGCCAUCAACCGUGUCAUCAAGGAGGAGGGCUACAAGGGACUCUACAAGGGCAUUGCUCCCAAGGUGACGCAGAGUGUCUUGACUGCAGCCUUCUUGUUUGCAUUCAAAGACGUCCUCUACGAGCAGACUGUUCGUUUAAGAGGCACCGCGGCCAAGAAGGCCCUGGCUUAA